UAUGUAAUAUAUAGGAUAAGUUUUAUCUAAAUGAAAAUGUAAAAAAUUAGAGAUCCUAGGACGUACUGCUAAUUUCAAAACAAUGGACAUAAAUUAUUAUAGUCAAUCAGAAAUGCAUCGAGCUAGCGUUGAAAAUCUUCCUGAUGAAGUAUUAGAGUUUAUUUUAGGCUUUCUUCCCCCAUAUAAGGACUUGCAGAACUGUAUGAGCGUUUGUAAACGAUGGUGUAAUUGUUCUCAGAAUGUUUUGCGUAAAACCUCUAUGAAACUAGUGAAAGCAGUUGCUGAAUUUAAUAUUCUUUGGAAAAAUGUUUCAUCUGUAGAUAUGAUACCUACAAUUACAAAAAGAUUUUCGCAUGCAGCGUGUAUUCUAGGAAACAAUAUGUACAUUUUUGGAGGAUGUACUACAAAUGCCACUUCAUUUAAUGACUUAUGGAGAUUUGACUUAUCUAGGAGGCAAUGGGUAAGACCACUAGCAACUGGCACAUAUCCUGUGCCAAAGGCAUAUACCACUAUGGUAGAUUACAAAGACUGCCUGAUCGUAUUUGGUGGUUGGACAUAUCCAUCAUUAUCACAGUAUUACCAAAGUGUUUCCCUGUUUAAUGAUAUACACUUCUACUGCAUAAAAACAAAUAAAUGGAUUUUAAUUAAUGCAACAAAUUCACCUCCCCCCAUGGCUGGACAUUCAGCUUGUAUAAAAGAUGAUGAAAUGGUGGUGUUCGGUGGACUUGCUAUGUCCCCAACUCAAAAUUUUCAAAUGCAUUGUUCAAAUGAUGUGUGGGUCCUGGAUUUGAUAACCUAUAACUGGAGAAAACAACCAACAACUAAACCAAGGCCUUCUCCGAGGUACGCUCAGUCCCUUAUAAGGUUGGACGAUGACAGAUUAAUGCUUCUAGGAGGAGUGCAGACUUUACACAAUCGUUUUGUAUACAGUGACUGCUGGAUAUUAACUAUGAAAGGUCCUACAUGGACAUGGAAAGAAAUUGCUGUUAAAAACAAGGAAUGGGCUUCUCCUAACAUUUGGUGCAAUCCAGCCUGCAGAGUUGGUGAUAAAGUUGUAAGCUUAAGUAGAAGUAGAAAUGCCUGGAACAGUGCUAAGCCAUUGGUAACAUCAGCUGUGAGAUUGUCUAAUUUUACCAGGCCUGAAGGUGCUCCUAUAUCUGUGAGAGUCGAACAGAGUCUUCAGAAGCCUCUAGAUAGAGACCACAACAUAAAUGGUAGGCGUGGUGUCCUACCCAGACAGAGACAAGUUGGAAAUGAGCCUGUACCAGGACCUAGCAAUGAGCUAAAUGAGAACCAAGAACCGAGGUUUGCUAGUGAUAGUUCACACUUGAAUGGAGCAGGACCAAGUUCUGAUAGCAAAAGAAGUAGCUUUGACCUAAAAAAAGAAAAUGCCCUUAGGCAUACAAAGAAUAAGAACAAAGGAAUGAAGAUAGUAAGACAAUUACAAGAAGCAAAUAAGUAUAGAAUGGCUGCAUUUGCUUGUGAAACACCUGGAAAUAACACACCUCCAGAGAAUGAUCUAAUCAACCAAAGACAAAUUGCCCAUUUGGAAAAUCUAGAAAACCAACCAGAAGCUGCAGACAAUCCACAACAAAGACCCCCAGCUGUUAAAAAGAUUAAGAGAAACACACUGGCAGUGCAUGUUUUAGAUAUUUCAACAGUUGUUGAUGGGAACUCUAUGAACUACGUGUCAUGGUUGUGUCCAAGAUUGGGUGAGAUGAGUGGCGCUCCAGAGGAACUAGUGAUGUACUCUUUAGUGAAAGGAAAUGGGGAACUGAUCAUGUUUGGUGGAGUUCAUAAUGAUAUAAGUAUUUUAAAUUAUUCAGAACCACAAAAUGUAUAUUCAAAUUCCCUUCAUUUUAUUACACCACCAAGAGACAUUAUUUAAAAUGUUUUGUUACUAACAUUUUUGUAUGCUGUUAAAUUCUGGUGCUCCAACAAUAUUUCGUUAAGUAUAAUAUUUAACACACUUGU